AAGUUGAGGUGAAUAAUUCAAUGAUUUUCAGUUACUCCUCUUUCCUAUUCCAUUUUCUUCGUCUACUCUCCACUGCCCACUGCUCGCCGACCACCAAAACUUGAACAAUGGCUACGCUUUCUUCUUCUUCAACAUUUUCUCUCUCUACUCUCAAAAAGUCAUUCAUUUCUUCUUCUCCAACUCCUUCAUUUCUACCAUUUACUACUCCUUCAAAACCCAAAUCCUUAUCCCUUACAACCCUAAACUCCAAUCUCAAACGACACUUUUCUCUGCUUCAAUCCUCCGCCGCCGCCGCCGCUACCCCUGUCACCGCCCCGCAGACCCUGAAAGCCCGCCUCAGGAAUGGCGAGACCCUUUACGGGAUUUUCCUCCUCAGUUUCUCCCCGACUCUCGCUGAGAUUGCCGGCCUCGCCGGCUACGACUUCGCCGUGGUCGACAUGGAGCACGGCCACGGCGGCAUAUCUGACGCUCUCCCUUGCCUUCACGCCCUCGCCGCUACUCGUACUCCGGCUAUCCUCCGCAUCCCCGAAUCGUCUGACGUCUGGGCUAAAAAGGCCCUCGAUCUCGGCCCGCAGGGGAUCAUGUUUCCCAUGAUCGAUAGCCCCAAAGACGCCCGAAAAGCCGUGUCUUACUGCCGCUUUCCUCCCAACGGAGUCCGCGGAUCAGCGCACACGGUGGUUAGAGCUUCGGAUUACGGAAUCGAUGCAGGGUAUCUCAGCAAUUACGAGGAGGAGCUGCUGAUAAUGUGCCAGGUAGAAUGCAAGGAGGGAGUGAAGAAAAUCGAUGAGAUCGCGGGCGUGGAGGGCGUGGAUUGCAUUCAAAUGGGACCAUUAGAUCUGAGCGCUAGCCUGGGGUACCUGUGGGAUCCGGGUCACAAGAAAGUGAAGGAAGUGCUGAGGGCGGCGGAGAAGGCGGUGCUGGAGACUAAUCCCGGCGAAGGAAAAGGAGCCUACUUGUCAGGAUUCGCAAUGCCGCAUGAUAAACCAGAGAAUUUGAAGCAGAGAGGGUACCACAUGGUGUCUGGAGCAGUUGAUAUAGGGUUGUUUAGGACAGCGGCCGUGGAGGAUGUAAAGAAAUUCAAGAAUAGUUUAAUGGCGGAUGAUGAGCAGAGAGAAGACGAUAAAGAUAGUGAAGAGGAGAAGUACUGGAGUGAGUGAAUGAGUUGAGGAUGAAAUAGGAAAGCAGAAUAAUAAAGGUUGUGUUUUUAUGUUAUCCUUAUCAUCAUCAUCAUCUUUGGACUUGAAUUGUGAAAUGUAGUUUUGUAGUGCCUACCUAACAUUUUAUAACAUUCAAUGCUCUGCUAUGCUGCCUGCUUAAAUUUCCCA